AAAAGAGUAUGCUGGAACUUCGUUAGAAUGCUGAAAAUGGGUGGUGAUAGGGUCGUCGUGCCAGGUAUAUAGAUCCUUUUCCCUUUCUAUUUGCAGUAACCGACGUGUACUAAAAGCCGCCACAUUCCUUCCAUCCCCACACCUAGAAAAGACCCGCUCUUGUAGACCCUAGUUUUCCUAUCAAAGCGUGCGGGGGACCGAUCCUAAGCUUGCUGCCAAUAUAUCUUCUCUGUCAAUUAUCCACCAUAUCCCGAUGAGCACUUGUAUUGCCUACUUGUAUCACCAACAGUUAUAUAUUAGCACUAUUAAUGUAGGGACUAAUUACCCCCUGAUGUUGUAUUUGGUGAUAUAUACAGGGGUUUACUGAGGGCGUGCGACCCCAUUCGCACAUGGAUUGCUAUCCUUGCGAUUUGCGGAACGCUUACUCGUAUCCUUUCAAAUAAUAGUUGGGAACUCCCCCUACACCGCGGAGUUGAUUCUUGCCAGGGCUGAGUUUGCGGAUUGGCUUCCGCCUCGUAUAUGUACGACAUCAAGCUUCCCCCCUCGUUUUCUUUGUUUAUCCCCUUGUUCUUCGCGAUCGUCUCUACUAUCUUAUGUUGUAUGUGAUAUUUUGAUACUGGCCUUGCUCGAAGUUCAUGGACUGAGUCGUUAGACUUGAGGGAUGAAGUUGGACGCGCCGGCUGCGAUAAGGCGGCGCCAUGGCCUAUACCGAUUCUACUCGAGGCAUCGCCAUCGGCUGGUGGUAGUUCUAGGGACGCUUGCGUUAUUUGGACUUCUUUCAAGACUACGCGGCACAGGGCGAUCGAAGGACUGCAGAGGGGGGAUCCCUUUACCUCACGUAUUGGCAAAGCAGCAAAAGAACGGUGCCACUCCGAACAUAAAGACCACGGCAACUGGAUGGAGACCCGGGCCACGAUGUGAAAAUUAUCCACGGGAUGCGAGUUUGGUAAUUGUGGUGAAGACAGGGGCAACAGAGGUAUACUCGAAGUUGCCGACGCUUCUACUUACAUACCUCUCUUGCGUGCCACCAGAGAAUCUUCUUUUCUUCAGCGAUAUGGCUGGAACGGUCGGCAACUUCGCCAUACACGACUCUCUCGACACAGCGAAGUGGGCCAGGACGCACAAAAACCCCGACUUCGACCUAUACCAUAAACAGCAGGAGAUUAAGGGUCUGGGACAGGACAUGGGGUCUAUACGGAACGAGGGGAAGGCUGAGUCCGCAUGGCGGCUGGACAAAUACAAGAAUUUAUACACAGCGCAGAAGGCGUGGGACAUGGCUCCAGGACGUGACUGGUAUAUGUAUAUCGACGCGGAUACAUAUAUCAGCUGGACCAACUUAUUCCAUUGGCUUGCGACCUAUGAUGCUUCUCAGCCGCUUUAUUUAGGCAGCCAGAUUGACGUCGGAGACCCGCCGUUUGCGCACGGCGGCAGUGGAUACAUGAUUAGCAAACCUGCGAUGGAGCUACUAGUAGGGAGCGAUCGCGAGAAGCUGGCGAAGCAAUAUGAUAAGAACGCCACAACGGCGUGCUGUGGCGACCAAGAGAUCGCCAAGGUACUGUUUAAGAAAGGUCUACGGCUGAAGAAUGUGCGGCCGGUAAUUAACGGAGAGAAGCUGAAAAGAUUUAACUUUGGGCCUGACUUGUGGUGCACGCCGGUUGUGACGAUGCACCAUAUAGGAAGCGAAGAAGUUCAAGAGAUGUGGGACUUUGAAAGCCACAGAAACUCUACAAAGGAGCCAUUGUUAGCAGAGGAGCUCUACUACACGAUGAUUUCGUCCUUAAUGGGCAUCCCACGCAGAGAUGACUGGGAUAAUCUGUCCCCUAACGAGCAGAUCCGCCCCGAGCCUCUCUUCAAACCCGCCUUCGUCGGCAACUUCUUCGUCAACGAUUCGACAAAGUCGUAUAACACCUGCCACAGAGCCUGCGAGGAGGACCAAACCUGCCUCCAGUUCCUCUACUAUAAAGACACGUGCAAGCUGGACACGGCGUUCAAGCUGGGCUCACCGGCCUAUCCCUGGAAGGAGGAAGGCGAGGAGAUCAGAGUCCAGUCUGGGUGGAUGGUGGACCGCAUCAAGGACUUUGUCACGCAGAACUCGCCAUGCAAGGGCCCUAACUGGGAUCCCGACUCUUAGCGGGAUGCUGUUUUCUUGGAGUUUUACUGUGCAUGUCGGGGGUUGGCAUUUUCAUUGCCAUUUAAAAGCGGAGUCGGAGGAGGCUGGCUUAAUAUUUAUAUCAUAUUAAGUUACUUAGGUGGUAAUCUAGUGGGUGGCAUGAAGUGGCGCCGAAAGCUGCUGGAUUUAGCAGGUCAAACACCAUCACUUAGACUAAAUGUAUAAAUAUGAGAAAAUAUCGA